AUGCUCGCCCUUACCAUUUUACUGAGUGCCGCCGCGGGGGUCAACGCGAUUAUCGGCGGCGAAGUUAAAGCCGUCCAGAUCUCAGAGACACAAUUUAUUUGUGCCGAUAACUGUGUCUUUGGCGGUAUCUACCUUGCUCAGAAGGGACACUAUUGCCCGGCGGAAGAAGUUGCUCGCUUUGAGAAAGACGGCGAGGUCUUUAUACCCGAUCCCUAUGACUGCAGAGGAAGCAAUCAGGCAACAGGAUAUGUAUAUGCCCCGCUCAAGGACGAAGACAAAGACAAAAUAGAAAAUUGCCGUCUGCACACAGGAGAUGCUACCGACGACUAUGCAUGCACAGCUAACAGGAUAGUCGAUGGUGGUGGUACCAAGAUACUCCAGUUGUCAGAAGUGGUAGAGAUGUUGAAAUCGACCACGGCAAACACUGCUGACAACAACAAGCCUGCUCCACCAAAGUCCAAGGAGGAGUGUGCGCAGAUAGCCCGUCAGAAGUAUCUCGAGUGCCACGACAAAACCGGCGACUUCGACGAGUGUCAAAAUCAAGGCGCAGAAGUAUUUCAAAACUGCCGGGAUGGGAAGUAA